UUCUUCAGUUUUACUCGAAGAGAAGAAAAUCAUGCCUGAACCCGCCAAGUCCGCCCCGAAGAAGGGCUCCAAGAAAGCCGUGACCAAGACGGCUGGUAAGGGAGGCAAGAAGCGCAGAAAGUCCAGGAAGGAGAGCUACGCUAUCUACGUGUACAAGGUGCUGAAGCAGGUCCACCCCGACACCGGCAUUUCCUCCAAGGCGAUGGGCAUCAUGAACUCGUUCGUCAACGACAUCUUCGAGCGCAUCGCCGGUGAGUCGUCCCGUUUGGCUCAUUACAACAAACGCUCCACCAUCACGUCCAGGGAGAUCCAGACCGCCGUGCGCCUGCUUCUUCCCGGUGAGCUGGCCAAGCACGCCGUGUCCGAGGGCACCAAGGCCGUCACCAAGUACACCAGCUCCAAGUAAGAAGUGACGGAGACUUCAUUAAACCCAACGGCUCUUUUAAGAGCCACCCACGUUUUCGCAUAAAGAGCCUUUUGCCGUUUUGUGUGUGAACAUAAGCACAAAGUUUCUUUCGAGGCUCAGCGCUUUGCCGUGUUCGAAUCCAUUUUCCCGCCUAAUUUCUCUGCUGAAAUGGGCAGUAUAAAUGCGUAUACAAACAGACCCGGAUAUGUGCAUAUGAAAAAUUCAGCUCUGCUGCAGUGUUUUGUUUUUGGUGCACGUCGUGCUUGGUAAAUACCGAGCAGAAAGUCAGUAUCGCUUGCCUGAGUUACACACAAUCAUCGUCAAGCUAUAUUUUUGUGCUUUAUUCACGGAGAGACUAGAAACUACUAUAACACUGCGAUAUCAGCAGCAGGACUGAAUGAAUAUCUCACAGAUAAUUAGGUCACAGCACGUAAAACCGUUGGGGUGUUUUGGGGAAACCUGGCAGCGCUCCGUUGAAUCUAACCGCGCUCUCCGCGGAUCCGGCGGGCCAGCUGGAUGUUUUUCUUCUAUUGAUAAAACGGAUCACCCACAUUUUCCUUUCAAAGAGUUGGAUUUUCCUUCGUGUUGCACUUAAAAAUUAGUCAUUGCCAGUCAGCAGUGAUGUUACUGGAAAGCGCCAGGCUCGACGUUAUAAUCGAGUUGCCGUUUCCCUUCACAUGGGUGAGAAUUGGAGCGGAAAUGGGGUAGAAAAACAGCGGAAAACAGGGACUUUCUUUGUUUUCUUCUUUGUCUUCAUCUCUUUCUCUCUCAGUUCAGAUUUUCUUUACUGACGUGACAAAUUUACAUUUGUAUUAUUAAAGUACUCCAAAAAUGAUCAGAAGUUAUAAUAGUAAUAAAAACAACAAA